AUGCUGUCACGGUUCCUACUAUGCUACAGCUUUGCGGCGUCCAAACGGCCGGGUGCCGCCUCGGCCAAGGAGAUUAUGCUGCACUGGUGCCAGGUCAUGACCAAAGGGUACCCGCACGUGGAGGUGAAAAACUUUGGCAGCAGCUGGGCGGACGGAAUGGCUUUUUGUGCGCUCAUUCACCACUUCUACCCUGACGCCUUCGAUUUCUCCAUUCUGAAACCGGAGAAUCGACGGGCCAACUUUGAGCUUGCAUUUAAAACUGCCGAGGAGCUGGGAAACGUGGCUCCACUUCUAGACGUAGAGGAUUUGCUAAGAACUAAGGUACCGGAUUGGAAGUGCAUCUUCACGCAAAUCCAGCUCUACUACCGUCGGUUCCAGUUGGAACAGGGCACCAAGGCCAACAAACCUCCAGUAGGACUCCAUCCCUCUGCUCCUCCACCCGCCCCUGAAGGCAGCUCUGCUUGA